CACGUUCACGGUGCUCGCGAUUUACGCGGACCUGAGGCACACCGCUCGCUGGAAGCGCCAACUCGCCGAGCAGCAGCAGGACAAGUGAGACCGUCGGAAGCAUGGGCGCCCUCCAGAAGCACUGGUUGGCGCACAAGCACAUCUACAAGCUGUACUGGACGCUGAUCUUCCCCAUCACGGGCUGGAUGAUCGGCCAUAAGUUGGAAAAGUUGGAGACGGAGAGGAUGACGAUGUUCAGGGACAAGUCGGCGUUGUACGGCAGAGAGUUAAAGCCUGGGGAACCACCUUCCUGGCCGUACUAGCUAUCCCUAUGUUAUACAUCGUUAAAUCUUAAGAAGUCGCAGAAUCAGUUAGUCCUUGUGUAAGUUAUACAAAUAAAUGUUUGAAUGAGAAGCACAGGAGUCGAUAUAUCUCACUAAUACACACGUGUAGUUUAAAUUAAAUGACGCAAGGUGUUUAAGAAUAUAUUAUGUUUAAGAAGA